CGGAGUUGCAAAGGGGAGCUGCUGGUGCUCGCUUGCUGCUGCUGCUAUCCCUGGCGCCGUGGCUGCUCGCCUCGCGCUGCCGAUCCGCUUUGCAGCCUCCCCCGGAGAACGAGGCUCGCGGGCUGGCUUGAUCCCGGCGCAAAGGCAAACAAGAGAGGGGGGGUCGCCCCGGGGCCACAAGCGCCACGCCGCCGCCGAUGCGCUUCCUCCUGGCCGCGGCCGGUCGAUGGCUCGUCGGGUCUCCUGCCUCCGCUGUCUCCUCUGAUCCUCCGGCGGCGUUCGGCUGGGAGCGGCGGCAGCAGCAGGCAUGCUGGAGCGUGGCAGGCGGCCCCGCCGGGCUCUCCUCGCCGCGGCGCUUCGGCUCGCGCUGCUCCUAACUUGGUGGGCGCAGGUCGCGGAGGCCUCGGGCUAUUUCGAGGUGCAGAUCAGCUCGGUGAAGAACGUCAACGGCGAGCUGUUGAAUGGGGAAUGUUGCGAUGGCGCGAAGGGCCCGCAGAACCUCGACUGCGGCCGGAACGAGUGCGACACUUACGUGAAAGUCUGCCUGAAGGAAUACCAGUCCAAGAUCACGCCCACGGGAGCCUGCAACUAUGGCUCCGGAUCUACGCCGGUGCUCGGGGGGAAUACUUUUUAUCUGACCAGUAGAAAUUUGCAUCAAGCCAGGAGUCACGACGCGGGCCGGAUUGUCAUCAAUUUCCAGUUUGCCUGGCCGAGAGCAUUCACGUUAAUAAUUGAAGCCUGGGACUUGGAUAACGAGACUAAAGCUGACGAAGGCGAGUUCAUUGAUCGAGUGUCAUACGCCGGAAUGAUCAACCCAGAGGAUCGAUGGCAGACACAGCAGCUCAAUGGCCACGUUGCUCAUUUUGAAGUCCAAAUCAGAGUGAAAUGUGAUGAAAACUAUUACGGCCCGCAGUGCAAUAAAUUCUGUGGCCCUCGUGAUGACUUCGUGGGCCACUACACAUGUGACCAAAAUGGAAACAAAGCUUGUAUGGAAGGCUGGAUGGGUAAAGAUUGCAAACAAGCUGUUUGCAAACAAGGAUGUAAUUUAAUCCGUGGGGGCUGCAGCGUACCUGGAGAGUGCAAGUGUAAUUACGGCUGGCAAGGACAGUUCUGUGACGAGUGCGUCCCCUACCCAGGCUGUGCUCACGGGAGUUGUACAGACCCCUGGGAGUGCAAAUGCGAAACCAACUGGGGUGGGCUGCUGUGCAACAAAGAUUUAAACUAUUGUGGAAAUCACCAUCCAUGUGUGAAUGGUGGAACCUGCAUGAAUACAGAACCAGAUGAAUAUAGCUGUGCUUGCCAAGAUGGUUACUCUGGAAAGAACUGUGAAAUUGCCGAGCAUGCUUGUGUAUCAAAUCCUUGUGCUAAUGGUGGAACCUGCCAUGAAAUUUCAUCAGGAUUCAAAUGCCAGUGUCCAGCAGGAUGGAGUGGACCAACGUGUGCUAUUGAUAUUGAUGAAUGUGCAUCUAACCCUUGUGCCAGUGGCGGAACUUGCGUUGAUCGCAUUAAUGGGUUUGAAUGUAUAUGUCCACAGCAGUGGAUUGGGUCAACCUGUCAGCUUGAUAUUAAUGAUUGUCGUGGACAGUGUCAAAAUGGAGGGACUUGUAAGGAUGAGAUGAAUGGCUAUCGUUGCUUAUGCCAUCGCGGCUUCAUUGGAAAGAACUGUGAAAUAGAAGUUGACGAAUGCAUGAGCGACCCGUGUCAAAAUGGAGGACGCUGUGAGGAUCUGGUCAAUGGCUUCCGUUGUGUGUGCCCUCAGGGCUUUUCGGGAGAAUUCUGUGAGAUGGAUAUCGAUCUCUGCAAGCCUAAUCCUUGCCAAAACAGUGCUAAAUGUUACGAAUUGAGGGAGGAUUAUUAUUGUGCCUGUUCUGAUGACUACGAUGGAAAGAACUGCUCCCAUCUCAAGGACCACUGCAAAAACAAUUCUUGCAAAGUAAUAGACAGCUGUACAAUUGAGGUUUUCACCAAUGCUACCCAGAGAGGCGUUCGCUUUAUCUCGUCCAGUGUAUGUGGACCCCACGGACGGUGCAUCAGUCUACCGGGAGGGAACUUCACUUGCGCAUGUGAUAAGGGCUUUAUCGGAGCGUAUUGUCAUGAAAAUAUCAAUGACUGCCUUGGGAAACCUUGUAAGAAUGGUGGGACUUGCAUAGACGAAGUGGACUCCUUUCGAUGCUUCUGUCAGAAUGGCUGGGAGGGAGAAUUGUGUGAUAUCAAUGUCAAUGACUGCUUGCCAAAUCCAUGUCAUCACGAUGGCCGGUGCAUUGACUUAGUGAAUGACUUUUAUUGUGAAUGUCGAAAUGGCUGGAAAGGCAAAACAUGCCAUUCACGUGAGUACCAGUGUGAUGCAAAUACUUGUGCAAACGGAGGGACAUGUUACGAUGAUGGGGAUACUUUCCGAUGCUCGUGUCCUCCAGAAUGGAAGGGAAGCACUUGCAACAUUGCUAAGAACAGCAACUGUGUCCCCAACCCUUGUCUGAAUGGUGGAACCUGUGUUGGCAGCGGAGAUUCCUUUUCUUGCAUCUGUAAGGAAGGCUGGGAAGGACGGACGUGCACACAAAAUACAAACGACUGCAACUCCCAUCCAUGUUACAACGGAGCCAUCUGUGUUGAUGGAGUCAAUUGGUUUCGCUGUGAAUGCGCACCUGGGUUUGCUGGUCCAGACUGUAGAAUCAAUAUUGACGAAUGCCAGUCCUCCCCUUGUGCAUACGGCGCAACUUGUGUUGAUGAAAUAAAUGGCUAUAGGUGCACCUGUCCCCCUGGAAGAGCUGGAACCAGAUGCCAAGAAGUAAUAGGUUUUGGAAAAUCUUGCUGGAUUAAAGGAAUGUCCUUUCCCCAUGGCAGUAGAUGGGAUCAAGAAUGCAACAGCUGCCAUUGUUUGGAUGGCCGCAUUGACUGCACCAAGGUGUGGUGUGGGAGAAAAUCCUGCUUGUUUACCAGUCAUCCGGACCAUGCAGCCUACCGGUGCCCCAAAGGUCAAGAAUGUCAAGAAAAAAUGUAUGUCAAAUGUUUCCAACCACCUUGUGCCGACUGGGGGGAGUGCAGUGAAUCGGAGCCCCUACCUGCCAAUGUCAAGUGCCAUCCCAGUUCAGGCUACUUGGACAACAGCUGUGCCAGGAUCACUCUGAUUUUUAAUAGAGACAAAGUACCCCAGGGUACAACCGUUGAAAACAUUUGUUCUGAAAUCCGAUACUUGCCAGCCACUCGAUCGGUUUCGAGUGACGGAAUGCUGCUGCUGUUGUGCGAUCCAUCCUACUCUAUAGAGAAUGCAGUAGAAGUUGCCAUUUCUUUCAUCUCGCAUCAAGAUGAGACCGAUAACAGCCUCAUUCAGAACGCUGCCAAUACUAUAGUAAACGCAAUUACCAAGCGGCAAAACAGUACGGUGAUGCUGGCAGUAACAGAAGUCAAAAUAGAAACCAUAGUAGUUGGGAGUUCUUCAUCAGAUUACCUGGUUCCAGUCCUCUGUGCAGUCUUUAGUAUUGUGUGGGUCACCUGUAUAAUAAUCUGUGUGUGGUGGACACGGAAGAGGAGAAAAGAGCGCGAGAGAAAUCACCCAUCUGCAGAAGAGGCUGCCAAUAACCAGUGGGCACCUCUCAAUCCCAUAUGGAAUCCUAUAGACAGACCAUAUGGUCCCAAAGACAUUCACUACGAACGCAAAAAUUUUAUAGCUCAAAAGAGAACUUGCGAUGGGGCGGAAGAGUACACGGAGUGUGAGGAGGAGGAGGAGGAAGAAGAGGAGAGAGAGGUCAUGGAAAUGGACAAAUUCCUCUCUCACAAACUCUCUAAGCCUUUGCCAGCAAAGGCUGUUGACUCAUCCGAGGAUAGCCCUGUUAAGAAAUCUCUUCAGACAACCAAAAUGGACAACAGAUCUGUAAAAAAUGUGAACAUGGCAAACCUUGAAGGCGGAAGAGACUAAAUAUGUGUCUGGACCAUAAGCCACGCCGAUCUGGGUUGAACGGGGGGCCGGGGGGGGGGGGGGGGGAGAAACUGACAUCUCCACUUUUGAGUCAAGAACUUUAAAACGUCUGGGAGUCAAAUGUUCAUAGUUACUUUAUUUUCAGUAAAAAAAAGAAUGAAAAUAAUAAAAUAAAAAAAAUUAUUUUGUUUCUUUUAGCCUUGUAUAAAUUAUUCGAUGACUGUCAGAUGAUAGAGUAAUCUUUGAUAGUUGCUAUUUUUGUAAAUUCUACUUAGAAUAUGCUUGCUGUAUGGCGGAAGGGGGGGGGAAGUUUCUAUUUUCGAUAAUUUCCUAAAAGUUUUAUCGUACAAACUUCUACGCUGUUUACAGACUCUAUUCUCUCUCUCUAAAAAAAAAAAAAAAACCCUGUUAACCGCGGGGACUGUAAAACCUCCUGGUAGAGGAAGUUAGUUAUCAGAAGUCAAACCUCCACAGUUUUUGAAUCCUUACAAGAAGUCACUUCUUGCACUGCUAGGUUCGUUCCCCCUCAAAAAUUCGCCUUAUUUUUCUUUUCAAACAAAAAAACUCGUCUAUAAAGAUCUUUCAAACUAUGUUGGGGGGGGGGAGAAAGUGGCCUUUAAGUUCAACAUGUCCAUUCGUUUCCUUUCCUUUAGGACUGCAGUAUUGAAGCACGCGUCAAAGUGCCUUGAAAUUAUAAAAUAAAAUAAAUAUUCUAUAGCAACUGUCAAAGACUGCCAUGCCUAUCUAAGUUUACCGCAAGAGGAUGCUUGGAGUCCUCAGGCAGACACAGUUUAUUUUCAGAUUUGUGAGAGUGCAUUUUUUUUUUUUGUAAAUAUGUAUAUAUUUAAAUGAAUCACUUCUGUAUAUUUGAGUUAAUAACUUAAAAAAAUAUUUUUGGUCUUUUUUUAAAAAAAGAAGUCAUUCCUUUUUAAUUUAUGUCGCAGAAAGGGAAAGUUUUACGGCAGUUUCUAAUAAAAUUUAAGAAAAAAACCCACUUAUUUUGGUAUUAUGUCCAUAAUAGAAAACGAUGUUCAUACAAUCAAUGUUGGGAAUCCGUUGGUCAUUCUUUUUGUACUUUUCACUGUAUCGCCACUGUUUCACGUGUAAAUAUAUCCAGGCUGUUUUCCUCUCAUCUCAAGAAUGCAGAGAGUAAGUAUACUGUACAGUAUAAAGAUAACAAGGCAAUAUUUUUUUUUCUUUUGUGAUUGUUUAUUACACAUGGUAUUGCUUUUUUUUUUGCAUUUUUUAAAAUACAGGCCUAAUGAAGGGAACAAUACUUUCCAUGCUUCUUGUUUCUGAUGUGCUUCUUCACCUCUUCUUUUCUUUUUUUAAGAUUGGAAAACUCUGCCUGAAACUAGAUGUUAUAGCAGGCUUACGGCUACCGCCAAAAAAAGCAUCAUCUCUUCCCUUUCUCAGAAUUUACACGUGAUUCAGAUCACACCAAAAUGUGACACUGUUCUGAGAGGUUCCUUGUCUCUACUCCACUUCAUUGGCUGCUACUUUUGUAGGGAUGGGGAAAGUCUCGGUGUGAUGUCAUCAAUGAUGUCAUGUCUUGCCUAUUGUGUCACUAGAUUACAUCGAGAAAGGGGGGGAGAGUCUCGGGUCUGCUUUUCUUGGCAGCAGCCCCCCAUCUGCUGCAACAUCCGGUUCCGUUUUAGGAGAUAGAAUACCUCACGAGAAAUUGGUAAUUCAUAACGGAAGGCUUGUGCAUUAAUUGUGGGUUUUUAAAAGGCUUUAUUGCUGUUAAAACAGAUGAGCUAUAUCUUUAUUUUUAAUGACUGGGAAAACAUAAUCUUGCGUUACUUAGCUGUCCUAUCAUUGAAAAGGAAAUUGAUGUCUGUCUCUCUUCCCUCUCUCUCAACAUUUUGGCCACUCAGCAAUGUAACCCUGAAUGUUUUUUUUUUUUUAAAUUAGUUAUUUUAUACAUGAAUGCAGGAAUUGCUUUGCAGGAACUUCUGUGCAGUACAUUUUGUUUGACAUGUUCUUCGAUAGCUUUCGGAAGAAAACUAUUUAUUAAAGCAUUUUAUAACAA